UGUGAUCUACUGUUCAACAUGCAGGUACAGUCCACGCUACUGUUCAGAAGGAUGUCUGUGCCAAAGUCGGUGUUACUGGCCAUCCCUGUUCUAUGGAUGCUGAAACGAAUAUUCCUGCCUUACCUGUGGCAAGACUUGAAGUUUUUCUACAGAGCUGCCAGCUAUAUGAAGAAGAUAGCACAAGCACUCAAACAAUGCCCCUCAUUUGGCAUGCUGGAUAUUUUUCUGAAACAAGUUGCCACUAGACCUAAUCAGGCAUUCAUUUUAUACCAAGAUCAAUCGUAUACCUACAAGGACAUAGACCUUAAAAGCAAUCAGACUGCAUGGGCUCUGAGGGAGCAUGCAAAGCUGAAAAAGGGAGACUGUGUUGCUGUCUUCUUGGGUAAUGAGCCUGCUUAUAUCUGGAUUUGGCUAGGACUGAUCAAAAUAGGUUGUCCCAUGGCAUGUCUAAACUACAACAUAAGGUCUAAGUCCUUCCUUCAUUGCUUCAAGUGCAGUGAAGCGAAAGUGAUCAUCGCUGCUCCAGAACUGAGGAAUGCUGUGGAAGAAGUUCUGCCAGCCCUGAGAGAACAAGGGGUCCUGGUCUAUUAUCUGAGCAGAGACUCACCCACUGCAGGAGUGUACAGUCUGCUGGACAAAAUAGAAGCUGCCUCUCAGGAGCCCAUCCCCAGCUCCUUCAGGCCAGGUCUUAAUGUGAAAACCCCAAUUGUUUACAUCUACACAUCUGGAACUACAGGUCUCCCCAAGGCUGCGGUUAUAAAUCAAGGGCGUUUGCUGAUCAGUUCAUCUAUAAGUACAAUGUCUGGAAUUACAAGCAAGGAUAUACUGUACAUUCCAUUGCCUCUCUACCAUAGUGCUGGCCUUUUGAUCGGGGUCCGUGGAUGCAUUCAGCAAGGAGCCACUUGUGUGAUAAGGAAUAAAUUCUCAGCGAGUCAGUUCUGGGAUGACUGCAGGAAAUACAAUGUUACAGCCUUCCAGUACAUAGGAGAAAUCCUGCGAUACUUAUGCAACACUCCAAAGAAAGACAAUGACAAGGAUCACUGCGUCCGGAUUGCUGUGGGGAAUGGUGUCAGGUCCGACGUCUGGAAAGAGUUCAUCAAUCGUUUUGGUCCCAUCAAAAUGUGUGAAUUCUAUGCAGCAACAGAGGGCAAUUCUUUUUUUUUCAACUACACAGGAAAAAUAGGAGCAUUGGGAAAAAGCAACCUCUUCUUAAAGGCUAUGAGGCCAUACAACCUUAUCAAGUACGACGUGGAAAAGGAUGAACCAGUAAGAAAUGCCACAGGACAGUGCAUUAGAGUAGCUAAAGGAGAAACUGGACUGCUGAUCUCAGAAAUUACUGUUACAACCCCGUUUACUGGGUAUGCAGGGGAUGCUUCUCUGACUGAGAAGAAGAGACUUCACAAUGUGUUUAAAAAGGGAGAUUUAUACUUUAACACUGGAGAUUUGAUCAUGGAGGAUAAGGAAGGCUUUUUGUUCUUCCAGGACCGUGUAGGAGAUACAUUUCGUUGGAAAGGCGAAAAUGUGUCAACCACAGAAGUGGCAGAUAUUGUAGGAAUGACUGAUUUCAUUGAGGAGGUCAAUGUAUAUGGCAUUCCAGUGCCUUAUCAUGAAGGGAGAAUUGGAAUGGCAGCAGUUAAACUUAAGGAAGACCAGUCAUUUGAUGGAGAAAAACUCUAUGAAAAAGUGGUGGACUAUUUACCAAGUUAUGCCAGACCUCGCUUUGUGAGAAUACAGGAAUCUAUUGAGGUUACUGGCACCUACAAGCAACGCAAGGUGGAACUGGUCAAAGAAGGCUUCAACCCACUUGUCAUCAAAGACCCCUUGUACUUCUUGGAUGAAACAAAUAAAAUAUACAGGCCAAUGACUCAACAGAUCUACAAUGCCAUCUUGGAAAAAACAUUCAAAUUAUAACAUAUGUGGCUUGCUAACCUUGGUCUGAGCAUUAUUA